GGUGUAUCGGGUACCGGGAGGAAGGUGUUCUGGUACUCCCGGCGCAGAGAGGCGAGCUGCAGUGAGUUCCGGUGGCUCGCUCGGCUGUGGCUCGGCUGUGGCUCAACUAUGACAGACUAUAGACCUCUGACACGGCAGUCGGUACACCAAAUUCCACGGCCCGGGCUGCCGCGAGCAGGUAUCUCCAAAUAGCUCCGAGCAAUUUCAAACUGUUCCGAGAUAACGAGAGGGGCCCGGGCUGUAAGACCCUUGCCAUGUCAUCAGAGGAGUUUGAUGAGCUGCUGAACGAAAUGGGCAAUCGACCUGGCUGUUACGGUCCCACUGUGCCAACACGUAAUACGAACGCCAAGUCAGCUCGUCAUUGCCUAAGAACCGAGAUGGGCCAGGCCCAGGGCGAAAUGGGCCGGUACGCAACGUGGUUCCUUUAGUGGCAAAGCCGAACGGAAAGGGAAGGAACAAAAGGAAGAGACAGUGAUAUAUCAAAUGAGCCUCAGCAGCGGGAUGGCGGCAGCGGCGGCGCAGAGAGCCGGAUGGUGAUGCAGCGGUGCGCCGCACGGGCUCUCGGGAGGCAUUACGGACGCCGCCGGUGGCCCGCUGCUGCACUGUUCCGGCGACGAGGGCCGACCAGCCGACCCGAGACGGCGGCUCCGGCACGCAAUGGUUCAGACCCGCGGCUCCAGCCGGAGCUCGGCGCCCCCGUCAGCUCCAUCGGGCGGUGGAAGGGCCACCGGUGCCGCGUCUGGUGUCGGCGAGCAGCCCACGGGAUCUCGCAAAGCGCAGAAACGGCGCACGCCCUCCGCCGCCGCCACCAGCAAGAAGAAGGUGAAGGUGCUGAAGGCUGAAGACUCCAAGCCCGCCCUAGGCCCUGCGCAGGUCGCGGUGAAGUCUGCGGCCUCUCGGCCGGCUGCUGCCCGCGGUGUGCUACCCCCUGUGAAGGAGGAGGCAGCGGCGCUCUGCCGGGCGCCGUUUGAAGCCACCGGGCAGCUGUACGUGGGCGCCCAUGUUUCCGGAGCGGGCGGCCUGUGGAAGGCGGUUCGGGAGGCGCACGACAUCGGAGCCCGCUCGUUCGCGCUGUUCCUGGCCUCCCAGCGCACCUGGAACCGGAAACCUCUCUCGGAGGAGGACGCCGUCCGGUUCAGAGAAGCCAUGCAGAAUUACGGCUACUCGGGUGACCUGGUGGUGCCCCACGGCUCCUACCUGAUGAACCUCGGCUCUCCGGAGCCGGAGACCCGCUCCAAGAGCUGCGCCCUGCUGCUGGACGAGCUGCAGCGCUGUCAGAAGCUGGGCCUGCCACUCUUCAACUUCCACCCAGGCUCAACGUGCGGAAAAAUCAGCCGAGACGAGAGCGUCGCCCACAUCGCUCGGGGCAUCAACGACGCCCUCAGUGUGACCAGCGGGGUCACAGUGCUGCUGGAGAAUAUGUCACGCCAGGGCAACACACUGGGCGGUGACCUGCGCGAGCUGCGGGCUAUCAUCGACCUGGUGGAGGACCAGGACCGGAUCGGAGUCUGUCUGGACACGUGUCACGCCCACGCGGCAGGGUACGACCUAUCGACCGAGGCCGGUUUCAGCACGCUGAUGGCUGACUUUGAGUCCGUCCUGGGCCUGAACAGACUCCGCGCCGUCCACCUCAAUGACUCGAAAAGUCUUGUCGGAAGUCACAAGGACCGUCACGAGAAUAUCGGCAAGGGCACCAUCGGAAAGGCCGGUAUAAUGCGUGUGCUGGCCGACCCGCGCUUCCAGCGGCUACCGAUAGUGCUCGAGACUCCGUACGUCGACGACGACAUCUACCGGCGAGAGAUCAAACUGCUGUAUGGCAUGAUCGGCGCGUGAUGGCGCGGGCGCCGUGGCCUGGAAGGACCAGGUGUUGGAUGGGGCUGUUGGAUCUGACGGGUGUGUCGUUUUUUUGUACAACUCAGUGUGAUAAAAAUAAUACACGACCGUUUUUUAA